AUGCAGGUGAAAAGUUGCCAAGCUCCUGCAUUGCAAAUUUGGUUGGCUGAAACAUCUACUGUAUUGUCAGUUUAUCUUCCGCGGUAUGCUUUUGUGUAUUUUGAGUAUGAGCGUGAUGCUGAAGAUGCAAUCCGUGGGAUUGACAAUAUCCCUUUUGGCUACGAGAAACGCAAGUUAUCAGUCGAAUGGGCCAAGGGUGAACGUGGGAAGCCUCGUGAUGGAAGGGCGGCCUCGAAUCAGAGGCCUACAAAGACACUCUUCGUCAUCAACUUUGACCCUAUUCGCACAAAAGAGCGUGAUAUUGAGAGACACUUUGAGCCGUAUGGUAAAGUUCUCAAUGUCCGCAUAAGGCGUAAUUUUGCAUUUGUCCAGUUUGCAACCCAGGAAGAUGCAACCAAGGCCCUUGACUGUACUCAAAACAGCAAAAUAAUGGACCGGGUUGUCUCUAUUGAGUAUGCUUUGAGGGAUGAUGAUGAGAGAGAAGAUAGAUAUGCUGCUAGUCCGAGAAGGAGAUCUCCUAGUCCAGUGUACCGGAGACGCCCUAGUCCUGAUUAUGGCCGUCCUCGUAGUCCUGAGUACGACAGGUACAAGGGUCCAGCUCCAUAUGAAAGGCGUAGGAGCCCAGAUUAUGGCCGUCGCAGUCCAGAGUAUGGUAGAGCGAGGAGCCCAGAGUAUGGUAGAGCGAGGAGCCCUGGUUAUGACAGAUACAGGAGCCGGUCUCCUGUUCACAGAGCAAGAGGUUGA